GGGUGAGGUACUCGCAACACCAACUCCACGCCAUUUUGGACAUCUUGGUGGGACCCGUAUUCGAGGCUACGCCUAGAGUGUCGCAAACCCGCUAGUGAAGAUGCGUUGGAAGAUCCACUUUCGCCCGAAUCCGCUUUCGCGCCAAGGGCAGUUCCUGGAAUCGUCAAAACCGCAAUCUGAGCGGCCAUCGGGGCCCCAGAGUGCCGUGAUGGGAGCUUGUCGACCGAGCGACGUUGUGUGUCCGUGUCCGGACUUGAGAUCAUCGGUUGAAUGCGAUCGCCACGCGUGGCCGAAGGAGCGCUCUCCUGUGGUGACGAGCCGUUGGUUGCGGCGGUGAAGGCGACCGCGAGAACAGCACAGGAUGCGACCAACACCGACAGGGUACAACCUGUUGGUGAUGAGAUUCUGUGCUUCUUCCUCCGUGCCAGAGUGUCGGGAUCGCUUGCUGGCUAUAAACGGACGCCGUCGCUGUAGCUACUGCCAUGAGCCUAAGACCUCUCGAGGCUACAUCAACGAGAGUUUCGUUCUACUUCCGGUCCACUUGAUCUGUUUUGCAUCCAUGUUUACGAGGGCAAUGGAGGGACCUCGCGGGCAGCGAACGCAAGGAAUGCAGCGAAAGUCACGACCGACGCACCCAGCACAGACAGCACAGACAGCACAGACAGCACAGCGAACGCGCAGAGCUCCGUACCCCGUUUCGAGGCCUGGAGCAUACCGCGUCGUGCCUGAUGUGCCUGAUGUGCCUGGCGAUGCGUUUGACCAUGGCAACGAGGAGCAACAGUACCCCGAUGUAGGCCCGUUUGGGGACGAUAUCGCAUUCGCAGGAGACGCGGAGACAAACCAAAUACCCAGCGGGCUUCCAGAGAAAUUAUCGGAAUUGGGCCAAGCAAUUAAGAAUGUAGAAGCAGGUCAGCACCAAGCAUCCAAGCAGCUAGGGAAACUAGAAGCGCAACAACGACAACUCAUGUUGCUUGUCUCAGCUCUGCGGGAAAAGCUUGACGGUGCGCCUGAUCAACUGGCGUCUCUUAUCGAACAGUACCUCGACAACCCCGAAGAGCAGUUCCAACCGGCGAAUCAAACCAUCGACCCCAUGAACCUACAGUCCAGAUAAAGACAGAGCUCGUGGGAGGUUUGGUGGCGUCGAAAUCAACGCCAGGUAUUUGCGAAG